AUGGACGCAUCGAAGCACAGUAUCGGUACAAGGAGCGCGUCAUCAUCAGCCGAACGCAAAGAGCCAAUUGACGUAAAGCUUCCCGCAGGAGUGUCUUCCGAUGAGUUUUGUCGAAUAUGUUUGCUGAAAGCGCCCAACUUGAAACCCUUGCUGGAGCGUGUGGAUGGUGUAAUGAUUCCGGAAAUGCUGUACAAACUGUGCGGCCGCCAGAUAGAGGUGCAGGAAGGAUAUCCGCGCAGUAUCUGCCAGCGGUGCUUUUGUCAGUUGGAUUGUGCGUUCCGGUUUCUGAACGAGUUCCAAAGGCAGGAUGAACGGCUGCGUAGCUUCUAUUGGAGUGGGACCGUCGCGCAGAAGCUGCAGGAAUAUCAAUCCGAAGGAAGUGAAACAGUUGACAAACGGUUGGAGGAACUGAUCGGCCGGCAUGGUAAGCUAUUCGACCGGCAGGAGCAGGAACCAGCGAAGGAGAUGUGCAACAAACAGACCAACACAUCGAUCGUACAGCCAACGAUGAUCGAUGCGAGUACGGCUACGGAUAAGGAGAAAUUUAAUCUACAGCUCGUUAAAACGGAGGAAGACCCGGAUGAUGAUGCACUGUUGGAGCAUUACGUGAUGGAGGAGGAAAACGACGAUUCGUACCUCGAUUACAACAUCGAUAGUAUGGAUUCAACGAUGAAGGAGAAGCGGCAGCAGGUAGUGGAGAUGAAGAUAGACGUGCUACAGUCGGUGGAGGAAACGGAUUCUUACAUUGAGGUAAAAUCCCGUAAAAGGAAGGUUUCGCAACAGUCCCGAUAUCUGUCCGAGUGUCGUAGAGAGGCGAGAGUGAAACAAGCGUCACCGGAAACGGCAGUGGAAGAAAGCAUCCCAACCGAUACGGACAAUGAUCCGGGCCAGGAAGAGCAGAUAGUUUACGAAGAAACUGAUCCGGAAGAUGGUUCGACGGAGGAAACCAAUGACGACACGUUUGACAAGCUUCGGUGUUACAUUUGCGAUACAACCGAAUCAACGGAAGAACUGUUGGAGCAACAUCUCGAUAUGCACAGCACGAUGUUACCGUACGAAUGUACCGUUUGCUUGGUGGACGGUGCAACGCCACGCCCGAUCAAAACCGUCUCCUCGCUGCACAACCACUUCCGGUCACACUGCUUCCCGUACUGGUGCGAUAUUUGCAGCAAACGGUUCCUGCGCAAAAUGCAGCUCGAUAGACACAAACACUCACACAGCAACAAUCUGUUUGUGUGUGACGAAUGUGGCCGCGGGUUUACACACAAGAAAAGUUGGCAGAAUCAUAUGAAACGCCAUACAGCACUUCGGGCGGAAGUGUAUAAAUGUAGCACGUGUGGGAAAGCGUUCGGCAACAAGGCACGGUUGGAACGGCAUAUGCGCCUACACACUGGCGAUAAGCCACACGGCUGUAAAUAUUGCGAGAAACGCUUUUACGACCGUCAUCAACUGCAGCGCCACACGGAGAAACACUUCCGGGACAUGGAGUGUCGGUGUGAGUAUUGUGGUGAAACGUUCCAGGGCAGCAGGAAGCUCGAUGCACACAAGAAGGAGAAACAUCUGACCGGCAAAGAAUUGGAAGAAUUUCUAUCUAAAGAAGCGACACGAACCAGCAAACGACAGGCUAAUUUGAAGGAUAGUCUCUGUCCGUACCCGAACUGUAACUAUGUCGCCAAAACGUACGGCGCAAUGUAUGUACACAAACGCUCCAAACAUCUGACCGGACAUCAGUGUGAAAUUUGUGACAAAUCGUUCGCCUUCCUGAACCAGUACCAGGUGCACAUGAAGCUGCACACGGGCGAAAAACCGUUUCAGUGUGAACUUUGUGGCCGCAGUUUUCGGCGUGGUUUUAGCUACCGGGAGCACAUGGAGAUGCACACUUCGGAAACGAACUACAACUGUCCGACGUGUAAUAAAAGCUUCAAGCGGCCACGAUACCUGCAGGCGCACAUGCUGACACACACGUCGGUGCGCAAGUUUUCAUGCGAAAUCUGUGGCAACGCGUACAAGACGAAUGGGGAGCUGAAGAAGCACAACAAGAACAAGCACGGGCUGGACAUACUGGAGCAGGAUGUGGUAAUUGAAACGGAGGGGCAGUCGUUCAUUGUUGAGUACGUUUAA